AGUGGACGAUUGUUACAUAAUCUGGGAAAAACAAUCUGAAAAACAGGAUCCCCACGUGUCUUCAGUUUGGUGGAUGGAACAAAGAAAUGACCCAGCUGUCAUACUUACCAGUGCAUAAGUCAUGCACAGCACGGAGGGGGCGUUCCCGCUGGCUGUAAGGAUUUCGGACACCGUUGCACUCGGCUGUGGUAUAAAGCGCAGGAUCAGAGGAAAUCGUGCGGAAAACAGAGAUGGCGAGCGAUUGUGGAAGCUACCUUCUCUUGCUGCUGAUGGCACCUCUUUUAAUGGUGAAGACCACAACGUUGAAGCCGUGCCGAGAUCCGCCGCCGGAUUACCCCACGCUACUCAAGAAGUCCAGUCGGCCACGGAGCUCCUACUUCUCUGGCGAGCGGGUCUUCUACAACUGCGCCUUGGGUUACACUAAUGCCGCAGGGUCGCUGUUCGUGAGGUGCAAAGACGGGCUGUGGACGCAGCUCAACCACCGCUGUGAGCGUGAGCCCUCCGCGAUAAGCUGCCCCAGCCCGCCUGUGGCCAACGGGGUGAUGAUUAGCGGGGUGAUGAACAGCACCUCCUACAGACCCACAGACUCUGUGAGAUUCGCCUGCAGGGACGGCUUUGACCUGAACGGACCCGAAGAGAUCGCCUGUGGUCCGGACGGGCAAUGGGACCCCCAGCCUCCGCAGUGCCUUCCCUCCGCAGAUAGAGAAAGCUGUGGCCCUCCUGCUUCCUACCCCAACAUGCACCCCGUCGGCGUAGAUUUAGCGCAGCAGCUGUUCCCACUGAAAUCCCGCGUGACCUAUGAGUGCGCCAUGGGGUACACGAGGACCUGGGGCACUAGACGCAUCAGCGAGUGCACAGACGGCCACUGGACACAGAUUAACAUGAAAUGCCAGCGGAAGCUUUGUGGCUCUGCAGGGGAGAUCCUUCACGGCCACUACAAUUAUCAGGGGGUCCAGUUUGGCGAUCAGGCUACAGCUGUCUGCGAUCAGGGAUACGAGCUCAUUGGUCGUCCUUACAGGCAUUGCCUGGAGAUGGGCUGGGAUGGCAGGGAUCCUGUUUGUGAAGCCGUGCAGUGUGACGAGCCGCCCAGUGUAGUCAGUGCUGAGUGGUCCGGACCGAGGGAUGGCACGUUCCCUUACAGGACAGUGGUCACCUACCAGUGCCUGAAAGGGCAGCUCAUAGGGAAGAGUGAGAUUUACUGUACCCACGACGGCAGGUGGAGCUCCGAAGCACCAACAUGCCAAGACACAACCUGUUCGAGUCCCAGGGUGCCCAAUGGCGAGAAGACCAGUGGCUUUCACCUGAUUUAUAAGUAUGGAGACUCUGUGUCAUUCCAGUGCCGCAAGGGCUACGUCCUGAGUGGGAACAGCAGUGCGACAUGCAGUGCCAAGGGGCAGUGGAAGCCAGCCCUGCCCAAGUGCACAGUGAUAAAAUGCCCAGAGAUUAUAGUUGAAAAUGGUGCACCUUCUCCCAAGCACACAGCUGCUGGCCGGACAGUAAUGAUCAAGUGUAAAAAGGGCUUUCGCCUGCAGGGGGCGCACAAGGUCACCUGCUUACAAGGUGGCAGCUGGAACCCUAUCCUCCCCAAAUGCGUCUUGAUGAGUUCACGGAAACCUCGGCAUUAGGGUGAGACCUCUGGUGGGUGUGGUCUCCGGUGGGCGUGGCCUCGGGUGGGCGUGGCCUUUGGAACAUUGCCUUACAUCCACUGUAAUGUGAGGCCAGCGAAUCUCCCUGCUGCUUUCUCAAGAUUUUCCAGUGCUUGUAUGUAACAUACAUACAUUUUACAACUUCCUAGCCUCAUUCAGCGGAACAUUCCAUGUCUGUCUUGAUGUGAAAUAAAUAAUUUUGUAUUAACAGCA